AUGAUUGCAUGCUCACAGCCCUUGGCAGCCAUGGCUGGCCACAAAAUCCUCACUCAAGGAGGCAACGCUGCAGAUGCUGCUGUAGCAGUUGCCGCUGCACUGAACGCGACCGAGUCAGCCUCAACCGGGAUCGGAGGCGACAUAUUCUGUCUCUUCUAUGAUGCACCCACCAAGCAAAUCAGUGCGUUGAAUGGAUCUGGCCGUGCCCCAAAAGCAAUCACGCUCGACAAAGUUCGAACUCGACUGCAGCUGUCGCCGGGUAAGUCUGGUACCAUUGGUACCAUCCCCCUGGAUAGUGUCCUGGCUGUCACUACUCCGAGCGCCGCGACAGGGUGGGUGGACACAAUCGAGAGGCUUGGAUCAGGGAAGCUGGGGCUGCACCAGAUCCUGGCGCUCGCGAUCGAGCUCUGUGAAAGCGGCUUUCCGGUUUCGAAGGUCUCGUCGUACAUGUUUUACGAACUGCUCAAAGACGAUGCAACCGCUCCCGAUGGCUACAGAGCACCACUACCGGGCGAAGUCAUGACCAACCACACCCUUGCGAUAACAUUCCGGGCACUUGCGAUCGAGGGAAAAGAUGGCUUUAUCGACGGAGAUUCGAUUGUCAAAGCCGUGCAGGACCUCGGAGGCUCCUUGACUCUUGAAGAUCUGGAGUAUCAAGCGCAGACUGGCAGUCAGAUGGUUGAUCCGAUUCGCCUUCGGCUUUUCGCCGACCAAAUCAGCAACACCAAGCAUUGGAUAGCUCAGUCGUACCGGCCAUCUGCCAUGGCUGUCUCGCCUGGCCCACAAUUCCCCGGAAUCUCUCACGCGCUUAUCGAGUCCCUCCCCAUCGCCUUCUCCGACGCUGCCUGGUGGGUUGCCGAUCCGGAUGUGGAGCGUGUUCCAAAUCUCAUUUCCAAGGCCUAUCUCGCCGAGCGAGCCAAGCUUUACAGCCCCAGCAAAGCUUCCGACGUGAUCUGCCGGGGCAAUCCGGCCUUCCGGUCCCGCGACACGGUAUACUUCGCCGUCGCGGAUCGGGAGGGCAACGCGGCCUCGUUUCUCUACAGUAACUACCACGGGUUUGGCACGGGAAUCGUGCCCGCUGACUGCGGCUUUACGCUGCAGAGCCGCGGUGCCAACUUCUCCCUAACCGCCGCUCAUCCGAAUGUGCUGGCGCCAUUCAAGCGGCCACACCACACAAUCAUCACGGCCAGGGCCACCAACGCCGCGGAUGGCUCCCUCCAGACUGUGUUCGGCGUCAUGGGGGGCUUCAUGCGACCACAAGGUCACGUGCAGGUGCUCCUCAACAUGCUUGUGUUCGGGCUCAAUCCCCAAGAAGAACUGGACGCACCACGCGAGGACGGGAUUGAGCAAAAGGUGAUUGACGAGCUGCAACAGAAGGGCCACCACGUUGAGAAAGUCACGGGAUGGCAACGAGGAGUGUUUGGAAGAGGCCAGGUCAUUCGCUGUCAGACAGAGGCCUCUUACCGAGUGUACCGUACAGCGGCGGUAGUGGAUUUUCGGGGCGAUGGCCUGGCGAUUCCUUUUAGGAGCAUGUUGAGCUCCGGGGGGGAGGGGGCGGGGGAAUGGCACGUCGACUCGGUUAACCCCAGAGUGUGGGGGUGGCAAUGGCAUUUCCGCUGA